AUGAAGGCGGAUCAUGUUGUCGUGGCCGAUCCAAAAGAUACGAUCACGGGGGCUCCCGAGAAGAUGAAGUUGCUGCAGAAUACUCUGGAUGCAACGUACAUGGUGCAAGCUUUCGACUCAAUGGUUCAGGUCACAAUGGGGGAAACAGCCAAGAAAGAAGACAAGAAGCAGCUGAUUAUCAACAUUAUCACUGCUCUUCUCAUUAUUGUUCCUCUCGUCGCCUCCGAUGCCACACUUGGGUUGUACGGUAUUGUUGGUCAUACCGUGCACCCCAUCCUUGACUUUUCGUGCCUUCCCACGAGUGAGAUCAUCCGAUUCCGAGAUAGUCCAGAAGGAUAA